CAGGGCACCCGCUCUAUGGUCUGCGGGGCCAGAGCGGCAACGGGGCGGAGCGGAACUCGGUGGUGCCAGCGAACCAGAGUGUCCCGGUGCGCAGGCGCGGUGGCCGGUGGGGCGGCGGCGAUGGCGACCUUCUUCGGGGAGGUGGUGGUAGCGCCGUCCCGUGCCGGUGUGGACGAUGAGGAGGAGGCCCGCGAGGAGACGCCCGAGGACCGAGAGAUCCGCAGGGAGCUGGAGAAGAAAAGGGAGAUCGACGUCCUCUGGACCUUGAAGUCGGGCGCCACAACGGAAGGUUCUGCCGAGGAGCCGUUUGCCUGCUCGAAAUUUAUAGUAGCGAUAGGACACAACGCUGCAGCUUUCAUGUCUUCUUUUAUUCUGGAUUCUGUAUGUUGGGAAGUAGUUGGAGUCGUGAAGCUGUGGAAUGAGUGGUGUCGAACGUCCAACACAACAAACGUCCUCCCGACAGAUUCUUUCUGUUUGUUCUACCGGUUAAUAUCAGAUCCGACAGUUUUGUUGUGCCAGUGUAGUUGCUACGUUGCUGAGGAUCAACAGUUCCAGUGGCUCGAAAAGGUUUUUGGCUGUAUGCAAAAGGAGGGCUUGCAAGUAACCAUUCUUUCAACAUGUCCUGUAGCUGAUUAUAAAACUCAGGAAUCCACUUUAACACUUCCAUCUCCGUUUCUGAGAGCCUUGAAGACAAAAGAAUUCAAAGAGCAGGUCUGCUGCCCACUGCUGGAACAACCGAACAUUGUGCGAGAUCUUCCUGCUGCUGUUUUGAGUUAUUGUCAAGUAUGGCAGAUUCCUGCAGUGCUGUAUCAGUGCUACACUGAUGUCAUCAAACUGGACACGGUUACAAUUGAAGCGUUCAAGCCUCUGCUUUCUUCUAAAAUCCUCAAGAGUUUAGUCAAGGACAUAUCUGAAAGCACAAAGAUUUUGAAGAAGAUACUGACCACCAAUGAAACUCACAGUAAUAUCUAUAUCUAAAGAGGACAUUUGUGACGCAGACUGCACUUUCGUAAACUCCCGUUUCUUCUGUAGAGGACAUUUUGGAAUUGUAGUUGUUUCCUUAAAAGUGGAAUAAAUUCCAGUAGAUUUUUA